GACAAAAACAAGACACCUUAAACCAGAUUGAAAACUUUUUCAAAAUUUCUGUGCUGAGCGGCCCGCAAGAAAUGAUAAUUUAUGAUGAAUUUAAAACACUUUGUAGUUCAUUAUUCGAAGAUUCGAUGAGGCUCGUCUGUUCGGGAUUAGUUCCGGUACGCCUGAGCAAGAAGUAUCAGAAUCGGCUGUUUGAGGCCAACGAUCCGUACAGCAUUUUUCAAUCGAAUAACUCCAAUGUGCUGAUCUUUCGCUACCUCGAAAUGUUCCAAUGCCGUACCAUCCACUUUGACGAUAUUCGCACCAUCGACUGCCUUAAUAAAUACGGCGCAAGGAAGAGCUUGUACUUCAGCUACAGCCAUCAGGUGUGCUAUGAUCAUACAAUGAGUUUGACCGCCGAACUCAAGAAACACUGCGGCGCCAUGAACUACGAUGGUGCAAACACCAGAACGGGUUACUAUUUCACCAACCACGAUCUGAAUGCCACUACGUUAAUAACAGAUACUGCUAGUUUGCUGGAAAGUCCAACGCUCGUCUUCUGUUUGAUAAUAUCAUUCUUGUUAAUUACUAUCCUGCGAUGGAAAGUUUUUCCAAUGUAGGAAAAACGCCUCCGAUUUUCAGAGUUGUGAGAGAUACAGAAGGGAGCCAGUGUUCUUCAAUCACUGGUAGCUGCAAAUGAAAAACGAAUAACAAACGAAUGGAAUAAGACAAAUCCUUCAAGAUUGGACUUACAAAAGGAAUCGAUUUAAUGGUAUCGUAAUUCAUGGAUCUUGAACAGAGAUUUACUAUAUGAAACUAUAAUGAAACCAUGCAAAAGUGUGUUGAUCACAGCGGUCCGUGGUUCUAUGUCAGGGAGUUAGUCAGUUUGUACGAAAUUUUCUGGUGAGUCCCUAAAAUGUUCGGAGAUAUAAAAUCAAUUUCGUUUGUGAAUAUUUACUUCCAUUGUUUUUACAACUCUGUAGCAUUGGUGACAGCCUCAAUAAAAAUUUGUUUCUCGUUUUAAUGUUUAA